CGCACAUUACGAGUUGAAUUGUAACCCGCGCUUUGCCCACGCGCUGCAGUUUGCGCCAGUAGUUGACAGUACCGGACGUUGAGCUGUCUUCUUGCUAGCUGCAUAAACACUGCGAGUGCUUAGUGCUUUGUUGUGCUGGGAUACAGAACCGUGACAAUGGAGGUUCUAAACAGGCUUGUGGAGGGGUACCAUGACCUAAUGGACAACAAAAGCGACCAAAGAGUCAAAGACUGGUUCCUCAUGUCUUCGCCUUUUCCUACUUUGGCUAUAUGUCUCACUUACGUGUUUAUCGUCAAAGUAUUAGGGCCGAAGCUUAUGGAGAACAGAAAACCGUUUGAGUUGAAGCAAGUGUUGAUAUGGUACAACUUAUUCCAAGUGAUCUUCAGUUGCUGGUUAUUUUAUGAGAGCAUAGUGAGCGGUUGGUUUACCACGUACAGUUUCCGAUGCCAGCCCGUCGACUAUUCGAGGUCUCCCCAAGCCAUGCGGACUGUGAACGGAUGUUGGUGGUAUUACUUCUCGAAGUUUACGGAAUUCUUUGACACGUUCUUCUUCGUUAUGCGCAAGAAGUUCGACCAUGUAUCGAAGCUGCACGUCAUCCACCACGGCAUCAUGCCCAUGUCUGUCUGGUUUGGAGUCAAAUUCACGCCAGGUGGCCAUUCAACUUUCUUCGGAAUGCUGAACACUUUUGUCCACAUCAUUAUGUAUUCGUACUACCUCCUUGCUGCACUCGGACCUCGAGUACAGAAGUACCUCUGGUGGAAGAAAUACCUCACAGCACUACAAAUGGUGCAAUUCGUCCUAGUUUUCUUCCACGCAUUCCAAUUACUGUUUAUUGACUGCGACUAUCCCCGCGCGUUCGUCUGGUGGAUUGGCAUGCACGCUGUUCUCUUCUACUAUCUAUUCUCCGAUUUCUACAAACAGGCUUAUCUCAAGAAGAGUAAGAGGGAAAAGGCCAAAUUGAAAGUAGAGGCAGAACGCAUCCAAUCGGAGUCCAAAGAGAUGAAACUGCCUCUAUUGAAUAGCUUUGGCAACGGGUCAGCACUCAACGACGUCCGGCAAAGGAUGGCGGGAGCAGUCGCCUCACAGUGAAACCGGCUCAAUCGGCCUAUAGAUGCGCUUGUGGUCACGGACUCAUAGUGAACGCACUGUGUGCAAUAUCACUACAAAAUGUUGAACAAAUCAAGUACAAAAAAGUGAUUUGAAUAUCACGGCUACGUGUUUCCGAAAAGCUCAAGUAAAUAUAAAAGUAUAUUGUAGAAUAAUGGUAUUAGGUAUAAUUUAUUAAAUCAAUAAUUGAUAGAUGUAGCUGGUUGACUGUAUUUUUUUGAGUUUAAUAUUAGACUACUGUAAGAGUUGUGUAGUAUACCCACAGGACCGAAGGCAAAGAUUUUUUUUGUGUUAUGUACCGAAUUCAGUGUUGAUUUUGACGUGUUAUUUAUUAUGAACAGGUAUAUCUCCCACCAGUGUCAUCAAUUCAUUACUUUGUGUUGUUGAUAAAAGCUUGAUAUUCCUAUUGUAAAAAUAUGAAACUGUAUAUUUAAAAUACAAUUUAUUUAAAGCAUGGAAAUAUGCUUCACAUUCUGAACAACUAGUAACUUAGUUAUAGUGAAAUUUCAACGCUAACACAAAUGGAGAGAUUUAGUAUAGUGUCUUCUAUAUUUUGUUUUCUUGUACUAUUGUUAGAAUUUUGAAAACAAGUGAAAAUCAACGGCAUGAAAAACACUGCUACGCACAUCAAAAAUGUCUAGAGAACAAGCAUGUUUUAGCAAUUACUGAAAAAAAAGUUCGUAUUUUUUUUAACACCGAUGGAUUUAUAGAUUUUUAAGGCUUUAGUGGUAAUUCACUAAAUGAUUAUCGCUAAUUACUGGGAUCUUACCACGGUAUGAUGAUGCUUUUAUUUUCCCAAUAUUUCAACCCAUUUCCAUGGAGUUACACACCGUUCUGAAAUUUCGGGAAAAUAAAAAAGAACUCACACCUUGGUAAGAAACCUGUAAUCAGUAUUAAUCAUUUCCCGAUGGAUAUUUUUGUUCAAUUUCAUAAUUCGGAUUUGAAAAUGAAAUAGACCAAAAAAGUCCAUUGGUGUUAAAAAAUUUUUUUUUAAAAAACCUAACAACACUUAAAACAUUUUUAAAAACCUGAUUUUCAGUAAAUAGCACAAACUUGCUUGAUCCCUAGACACUUUUGAUGAGGCACUUUGCUCGGUUUAAUCUUCACUGGGUUCGCAGAAUAGCAAGGCAAAUUACAUUUAUUUUUGUUAAAACGAUUUCCGCAAAGUAACCUAAAACUAUAAAUUAUUAAAAAACUUUAUAUGGUUUUUCACGAACUUUCGUAUAAUCAUGAAAGUUAUUGUGAUGAUCAAGCUUUUAAUUAGAAGUUUCUUAGUAUUGUGAUCGGGAAUAAUUUUGCCAAUACUGUCGCCUUGUUGAUUCGUAUAAGCUAUUAAGAAAUAGACCAAAGUUUUUUGCCUAAUUUUUAGCGAAAUUAACAAAUUUAUCGCAACUCUACAAUGCUUUGAUGAUGAUGCAAAUGUGUGCAUGAAUUUGUGUGUAUGAAAUGAAUAUAUUCAUUCAAAUGUUUGACGUUUACUACAGGGUUAAUUAAAAAGCCAGAAAAAGCGAGAUUUUUCUCAUGCCUCUAAUAUUGAAAAUAAUUUAGAAUAAUUACCACGCUAUAAAAGUGACUCCUACUUGAAGAGUUUAUUAAGGUUGUUGUUAAUAAGGCCGAACUAUAGCACACGUCCACGGCUACGUAAAUUAAAAAGUGAAGGCAUGUCUGUUGACAUAGAAUGGGUGUAUCUCUGUGUGUGAUCAGUAUUGCCUUUACUAUCGACAGCGAAACAGAGUCAUCGUGCGUAGUGUGGUCGUGGUAUAGAUAGUGCAUGAAAAGCUCCACAGCGAGUUCAAAAAAAAUAAAUUGAAAUUUAAUUAUUUGACUGUAGUACAUUCUAUACUUUAUCGAAGCAAAACUUGAAUGCAUGUUACUAAAUGAUGCAUUCGAGUUAGACUCGUCGUUUGCUCGACUGACUUUACUUUCUUUCAAUGAUCAUACAGGUCUUAGUAGAAAUUUUCCACAAAAAUAUAAAAUAAUACUAUAGUUACGUCAUUGUACUUUUAAUAGCUCCCUAGCUAUUGUUUAAUAAUUGUUUAUUUUGUGCCUACCUGAAAAUAGUCUUAGAACUGAAGUAUAUUUGUAUAUACCUAAAACCUUGUAAAUCAAAUUGUAUAAACACAAUUUAAUACGAAUUAAACAUAAAUGUGUGACGCUUAUUGAGUACACGUUGACAAUGUCACUUGUUCCUUUUGGAACAACCUUAUUCGUCCGAAAACCGGUUUCUGAAAUCAGUAUCAAUUACCAAGGUGGCAUUCCUUUCGAAAACUAGGUAUCUCGGUUACAAUUUCUGAUGUAAAAAGUUACUGAAAUGAAACGCUUGUUUUGUCGGAAUCAUUGGUUGUGACUUGUGACAAAAACGUACAGGAUUUUUCCUAUUAGUAACUAGUGCAAUAAUAUAUUCGCCUGCUUCUCGAAUUGUGAUAAAAAAUAUAUUGAAAAUGUUGUAAGCAAUGCGUAUUAAGCUCUAUGAAGUACAAUUUCGAAAAAUAAAUUGCAUAACAUUUUGCGUAAUUAUAUAAUUGAUUCAGGAAAUACAACUAUUCAAGGUUUAAUGAUUUUUUCCUAUACUAUUGCCAUCAAGCGUUCAUGCAGUGCUUUAUGUAUUUAAUAUAAAAUUUAAACAUAUUGUCAUAAGUCAAUGCAUAUUGUACAUACAUAUAAUUUAUAAUAAAUU